AUGGAGAAAAGCAUAAUACGAAAGGAAAAUCUGAUACAUUGGCGCGACCAAUUUUGGAAUGUGAUGCACGACAAAAAUGGGAUGAAAAAAUUCACAGAUUCUACCUUAAUCGAGACCACAAAUCCGUCCCCCAAAGGGAAUCUUCAAACUCCGAAAAGAAGCGAGGACCUAAGCCACCCAAAUAUGGAUAGAGAAUCAUACAUACAAUCUCUGACCGCGAUGGGUUGGAGGGAAGUGAGAUUGAUGAGAUGCGAAUCCAGAAUGCAGGGAUUUCUCCACCACACUUUGUCAUCGAGAAAUGACCAAUCAUGA